AUGAAUGCUGAAGACUAUAUCCUUCAUCCCGACUACGAUAACGAAAGACUUUACAACGACAUAGCCAUCGUAAGGCUUCAGCGAGUAGCGCCGUAUACAAACUACAUCCGACCAAUAUGCCUGCCGCCUCUCGACAUAGAUAAUCCAGAGUUAACCAACCUAAAACUAGCAGUAGCCGGUUGGGGUCGCAACGGCCGCUACAAAUCCAACAUUAAACAAUCAACAGUGGUCAAUUUAGUCCCACAGAAGAGCUGUAGGAACUCCUAUCCGAAUUUGAAUAGGAAUCAAGUGUGCGCCGCCGGUUAUUCGGGUGAAGAUACUUGCAAAGGGGACUCUGGUGGGCCUUUGAUGAUGAACUACAAUGAUAAAUACUACUUGUCCGGAGUGGUCAGCGGAAAGAGGGCGGACGCUCCUUGCGGCACAUCCGUACCUUCUCUGUACACUAAUGUAUAUCGAUACCUACCAUGGAUACGUAGUGUAAUAAGAAAUUAA